GCUCACUCUACACGUACUACUACGAGAACGACAGUAUAAGCGAAAUCUUGUGUGCUUGCAAAGUGAAUUGUGAAAAGUUGCAACAUUUUGAAAUACAAAAAAAGCCACCAGCUAAGAGUCUCAUUUGAAGAUAGCAAUAUGAUGCAUCGCGAGGACAAAUACACAGAGGAGGCCUAUCUCAAGAACGUAUCGAGCAGGGAGCUCACCAAUGGUAUGGACAAGGAUCCAAUUUACAAAUUGCGUCUGCAAUGCCUCAGUCGUGGAGCCACAGGCAUCUUGGGCAUGGCCAGAGCAUUUCGUAUUAUGGACCAUGAAGGCAACAGGAAACUAAACCUGAAGCAGUUCAAGAAGGGCAUCAAGCACGCAGGCAUCGAUGUGACUGAUCCGGAGGUCAACGAAUUGUUCCAGCGUUUUGAUGCCGAUGGCAAUGGCACCAUCGACAUGUCAGAGUUUCUGCUUAAGUUGCGUCCACCAUUGAACAACUCUCGUAUGGACAGCAUUGAGAAGGCUUUUUCAAAAAUGGAUGUGAAUAAGGACGGGCACAUAACGGUAGCUGAUUUCGAAAAAGUUUACUCUGUGGAUGAUAAUCCGAAAUAUCAGAGUGGUGACAUGACCAAAAAAGAAAUAUUGACAACUUUCUUGCAUAACUUUGAUGUUGGUUCUCCCAACCCGGACGGCAUUAUCACCAAGGAGGAGUUCGUCAACUACUAUGCUAGCAUUAGUGCUUCCAUCGAUAAUGACACCUACUUUGAUUUGGUGAUAAGGCAGGCCUACAAUCUAUAGGCUUGUCAUUAAGAGAGAAUGUAGUUCCUGCGUCCGAGUGACACAAUGCAGGCGAAGCAGCAACCAAUUAUUAUUUCUGCACACGAGCGUUACGCUACUUAACCUUUAUUACUGUACAUUUUCGAUUUAUAUCCGUUUAACCGAAAUGUUUUACUAAUAUUCAAUAAAUAUGCCAAUAAAUAAUCAUUAAAUUAACAAGUUA